AAUGGAACGGCUGCGCAGAGCCGCGCACCAUAUUCCCAAAAUCCCAACUUUUCUCCCAUAUAUGCGCUCCCGAUUGAAUUACUGUCCAUUAUUUUCAAGUUCGCAAGUGAAGGCAGGACAAGCAAAGGGACCUGACGGUGCGACGUCAUCAGAGUCUCUCUCCAAUAGUGACCUUAAGCAACCUCUUCAGUUUCCAUACGAUCUUGUCUCCGUCUGCACGCUAUGGCGCGACGUUCUUGCCUCUGUGCCCCAGUAUUGGACGCGUGUUGUCGUUUUUGUCGACACAACGAAUCCGACACCGGUAUCUGAUGCCCAAGCCCUCCUGGAACGCUCUAGUGACCUCCCUAUCACGGUUCAAGUCGGUCGACGCGACAAAAGGGACGUAGAUCCUGAAGAGAAUGAGAGGGCGCGUGCCAUUAUCGAAGUCUUGAAGCCACACGUCCAUAGAUGCACAUCUAUCAAGUUCGACGUCAUAUACGGCUCGUCACUUCCCUCCAUGUCUCGCGACUUGUACGCUCUGUCGGAGAGUUUGGUCACACUCUCGUUGAUUUGCAAGGUCGACGAUGGCUAUCCUCCAGGCUUCAUGAAGAUAGGCAAGGCACAAAAAGUCAAAGCGAAGCCGAAACUUCGCAAUUUGGAGCUGCAUGGGUAUACCAUGCUUGACGUCCUCUGGAGAAACAGCAGGUUCCUCGAUAGUCUCGUGGAUCUGCAAUUCUUCAACUUCAGUCAUUUCGACGUCGCAAAUUACAGCCAUACCAGGUGCUCUGAACUACUUCCGCUCCUUUUUGACGCCCUCGAAUACCCUCGCGCCUUAUUCAUGUGCACCUUCGCUAACGUGGACCUCCCAAGUUGGCCAGCAAGUGAUGAGGAUCCGCCCUUUGUAGCCAAGAUCGAGAUCCUAUUCCUUCAAGGCCUCACGAACGCCAACACACGCCUGUUCCUCGACCACCUGGACUUAUCUAGCAUCGACUGCAUCGAUAUCACCUCUUGCUCUGUAGAAGGCGUCCGUAUUCAAGGCCCGAAUGACCUGAGUCUUCAUCGACUAUCUGACGACCUGUCCCACUUUCUUUCGCUCUGGGACGGGAACGACAUCUUGAUCGACGAGUGUCCAGGGCUGACGGAUGACACUCUCGAUCAUUUUGCAGCCCAAGUGGGCUAUUUUUCCAUGACCGUACUUAGGAUCUUGGAUUGCCCCAACUUCUCCGUUGAAGCGCUCAAGCGUUUGGUUGGAGCGAGGGUGUUGAGUGCGCACGUAGCCAAUGGGGAGGAGAUGAGGACCGUUGAAGUCACCAGUGAUAGACCAAAGUUGUCGGACGUCGACCGAUCUUGGUUCCACUGCGUCAUGGACAAUCAGCGGUUCUUAUGGAACGCGACGCCGAAGAGGCACUCGAUGGUGUCGGAGGAGAGAAGAGAGAUGAUGAUAGAAUUCUUAGAGACAAUGGGCCAGGCAUG